GGGAAUGUUGGUGCUGUUUGACUGAUUUGUGACUAUCAUUGGCACCGUGAAUUUUUAUCAACUCAAUGGCAUUUUCUUUUUAUGCUUUUAGAUUUCUACCUGGACAAGGACUGGUACUAUAUCCACAGAUAGGAGACAAAUUGGAUAUUAUAUGCCCCAAAGUGGACUCUAAAGCUGUUGGCCAGUAUGAAUAUUAUAAAGUUUAUAUGGUUGAUAAAGACCAAGCAGACAGAUGCACUAUUAAGAAGGAAAACACCCCUCUCCUCAACUGUGCCAAACCAGAUCAAGAUGUAAAGUUCACCAUCAAGUUCCAGGAGUUCAGCCCUAACCUCUGGGGUCUGGAAUUUCAGAAGAACAAGGAUUACUACAUUAUAUCUACAUCAAAUGGGUCUUUGGAGGGCCUGGAUAACCAGGAGGGAGGGGUGUGCCAGACAAGAGCCAUGAAGAUCCUCAUGAAAGUUGGACAAGAUGCGAGUUCUGCUGGAUCAACCCGGAAUAAUGAUCCAACGAGACGACCAGAACUAGAAGCUGGUACAAAUGGAAGAAGUUCAACAACAAGUCCCUUUGUAAAACCAAAUCCAGGGUCUAGCACAGACGGCAACAGCGCCGGACAUUCGGGGAACAACAUCCUGGGUUCCGAAGUGGCCUUAUUCGCGGGGAUCGCGUCAGGAUGCAUCAUCUUCAUCGUCAUCAUCAUCACCCUGGUGGUGCUGCUGCUCAGGUACCGGCGGAGACACCGCAAGCACUCGCCGCAGCACACGACCACGCUGUCGCUCAGCACGCUGGCCACGCCCAAGCGCGGCGCCAACAACAACGGCUCGGAGCCCAGCGACAUCAUCAUCCCGCUGAGGACUGCGGACAGCGUCUUCUGCCCGCACUACGAGAAGGUCAGCGGGGACUACGGGCACCCGGUGUACAUCGUGCAGGAGAUGCCGCCGCAGAGCCCGGCCAACAUCUACUACAAGGUCUGAGCGCCUCGGGCCGCACCUGCGCCUCACCGGAGCGCGCCCCUGCGCCGGGGCACUGACUGCGGCCCCCGCCCCGGGCCUGGGGCCUGCCCAGCCGGACAGCGGACCGAGCCCCGUCGCGUCUCGGCCCCAGCGGACACAGACACUGGCUGGAAACUGGAGGCCGUGCGGGGCGGCCCCUCGGACCGCCGGGCCGCCCGCCACCUCCGCAUCCUCAGGCCUCUGCGGGAUUGGCGCGUGGCCAGGACUGGCCCCCGGACCGGGCUGCUAGGCUCCCCGGCCGUCCCCGCAAUCCCGUCCCCCACCCAGCCCGGGCCAGCGCGGGGGCCCUCACUCCACGCCCGCGACACCGCCCUCCACCAGCUCCGGCGGCUCAGGGCUGCUGCCUCGGAAGCUAAACUCACUUAGGUAGCACAGCACUUUGGUCUUUGAAGAGGCAGGCAGGAGUCAGGCUGACGCAGCGCCUCGCGGUGCAUGGGGGAUUCACUGUUAUCGAGGAGCCACGUGGCAGGGAGACGGGCCCUGGGCGCUCCGUGGAGCCCAGGGGAGCGGGGCCCCAGGCGGCCGGGCAGGACCUUGUGGUACUGGCAAUAAGCAGCCCCGGAGCUGUCCGGAGCACACCCAGCUGCUAUACUUACCACGUUUCAUGAAACAGGGAGAGCGUUGAGGAGAGCAGCAGAGAGCCAAAUCUGACCUAGAAGUGGGGAAGCCGGAGGGCGACCAGGCCGUGAGGCCAUGCCCCUGGACUCGAGGACAGACGCCUCGUGUGGCACAGGCAGGUCCGAGCCCCCUGGCCCGCCCCCUCCCCGCCGCUCGCUGGCCCGGGGGUGCUGGCCAGGUGAGGCCUGUGCGGGGGCCGCUGGCCAGGUGGGACGCACGAGGCCUGGAGGAGGGCAGGGCGUAUUUAUAGUAGGUGUACAGAACACGAGGGAUAGAAGAGGAGAGAUUUCUACUAAUAUAUAUUGUAAGAUUGCACACAGUACACACCAGAAGAUGUGAAAUUCGCUUGUGGCGAUGAAGCGAUUCCCAACGCUCAGUGCUUUUAGAAAACAAAUAAAAGUAAUAAUAAAAUUGGGCCGUCACUUCUGGGCACAACAACAUCACUCUAAAAAUAACAGUAUCGAGAGCAAACACAAAAAUAGCAAGAGUCCUCAGAAGGCAUCUGCACCACCUAGACUAGAAAAUGCAGGCCCCGGCGUGGGCCUGCCCUCGCCUUAGGGGCUCGUGUGCUCGGGGUCUGGUCGCAAGUUCAGCUCUGGCUCCCUCCUGGGAAACAGGAAGAGGAAACAAGAAACCUACUUUUUUAUGUGCUAUGCAAAAUAGACAUCGUUCACGUAGUCCUGUUACUAUGGUAACGCUUUGCUUUCUGAACUGGGGUGGGGGUGGGGGUGGAGAUGUAGCAACAGCAUUUUGAGGUUCUCAGACCUCCAGCCGUCGCAGAAAUAAUUAUCCCCUCUAUUUCCUGAACCUGAAAAUGAUGUUGGUCCAAAGUGUGUGCGUGUGUGUAUGCGUGGGUGUGUGGCAUACGUGUGUACGUAUAUGUAUAAUAUAUAUCCACAGUAUAUAUAUUAUAUAUAUAAAAAUCUCCUGUUUCUGCGGAGGGUUGCCAUGGUGACCAGCCACAGUGCAUAUGUGAGUCCUCGCAGCACCCCACCUCUGCUUCCCCUGCACUCCUACCAAGAUUUCCUUGGAAGCCAUCAAAAGUCACUCUUAGGACGCGGGAGAGGGCCCAGAGGGAGGACAUGGGAAAUAGUCUGAUUUUAAUGAAAUCAAACGUACAUGUCAUCGGUUGGCUAGGUUUUGGUCAUGUGCUAAACUGUGAAAAGUCAGAUGAGUUGAUGAAGAGUUACCUGCAACCAAUCGAAAAGUGUUCUGUGCGUCUGUUUUUGUGUCUGGUGCAGACUAUGACAAUCUACCAACUGUCCCUUUCUUUGAAGUUGGUUCGGCUUUGGAAAGUUACUGUAAAUGCCUUGCUUGUAGUUUCAUCCCUAGUCACCUGACUCUGGAAUUUGCACCAUCCUGUUUAAGUGAAGAUGCUGUAAAUAGGUUCAGAUUUUACUGUAUAUGAAUUUGGGGUGUUACAGUAGCCUUAUUCACCUUUUUAAUAAAAAAAUACACAUGAAAACAAGACAGAAAUGGCUUUUCUUACCCAGAUUGUGUACAUAGAGCAAUGUUGGUUUUUUAUAAAGUCUAAGCAAGAUGUUUUGUAUAAAAUCUGAAUUUUGCAAUGUAUUUAGCUACAGCUUGUUUAACGGCAGUGUCAUUCCCCUUUGCACUGUAAUGAGGAAAAAAAUGGUAUAAAAGGUUGCCAAAUUGCUGCAUAUUUGUGCCGUAAUUAUGUACCAUGAAUAUUUAUUUAAAAUUUCGUUGUCCAAUUUGUAAGUAACACAGUAUUAUGCUUGAGUUAUAAAUAUUUUUUUCCUUUCUUUGUUUUAUUUUAAUAGCCUGUCCUAGGUUUUUAAACCUGCUUUAGUUCCACAUCACAGUUAGCCCCCAGAAGAUGAAAUCCGUGAGGUCACAUUCCACGUCUGUUUCAAACUGAAUUUGUUCUUAAAAAAAUAAAAUAUUUUUUUCCUAUGGAAAAAGCGCCUUCAAAGUA